AAUGUAGUAACAUUCCAUAAUAAUUCUAGAACAAGUUGGUUAUCUAGAUAAUGAAUCUUUUAGAAUUUGGACAAAGACUGUUUAAUCUGUAAUGGACAUUAACAGAAAUCCCCAAAAUUCGAUUGCACGCCUCAGUUCCGGAGGCGCAUUACUCACUCAAUCGAAGCAAUCCUUCCCGCUUAAUCCUCUUUGAUAGCAGCAGAUCUUUUUCUUUCUGGCUAGUGUCUGUGUAUCUGCUGCUUAUCGUUUUCUUCUUUUCCUUUUCCCCUUUUUUUUCCAGCUAAACACAGAAAACCGCUGCAGAAUUGUUAUUGGCUUUUGGUGGUCAACAAAACUCUUUUCAGCUAAGCAGCUAGGUUGUUAAAGUAACCUGGCAGAAGGUUUGGAAGCUGAAAGGUUGCAGUGGCAUAAACUAAAGGAGGGAGGUAAAGAUGAGGGAGCAAGGGCAAAGCAUGCUGAAUGGAUCAGGGGUACAUAGGCCUUCCUGGGAGAAGAUUUGGCUUCCAAAGGUGCUAGCUAAGAACACUAUAGGGAUAUUUCUCUUGAUUCUUCUAUGCAUCGGGGCCUUCUUCUCUACGCGUGUGCUGGAUUCUUCUGUUAUUUCACUCUCCAUAAAUUCCCUAAAGAAAUCAACUUUUUCCGCCAUAACAUCACAUAAUCAACCCGGGAAUAAACAAGUCGAAAUCCCGCUCAAUUGUUCACUAGGUGAUGCUACCCUGACCUGCCCAGCCAAUUACUAUCCACCACGGUAUUCAGCACGGAAUCCUGACCCUCCAUCAGCAGCAACGCAGCCCAUGUGUCCGGACUUCUUCCGUUGGAUCCACGAAGAUCUAUCGCCCUGGAAGGAGACCGGGAUUACAGAAGCCAUGGUGAACAUGGCCAACAGGACGGCCAAUUUCCGACUGGUAAUAGUGAAUGGAACGGCGUUCGUGGAGACCUAUGAGAAAGCAUUCCAAACCAGAGACACUUUUACUCUGUGGGGGAUUUUACAGCUGCUAAGGAGGUACCCGGGCCAAGUCCCUGAUUUGGACCUCAUGUUUGACUGCGUUGACUGGCCCGUCAUCAAUAAAGAUUCUCACUCUGGGGCCAACGCCACGGCCCCGCCGCCUUUGUUCCGCUACUGCGCUAACGAUACCACGUUGGACAUUGUUUUUCCCGAUUGGUCAUUCUGGGGUUGGCCUGAAAUCAAUAUUAAGCCUUGGGAGGCUCUGUCUAAGGAUCUGAAAGAAGGGAAUGAGAGGAGUAGAUGGGUGGAUAGGGAGCCGUAUGCUUACUGGAAGGGCAACCCUCAAGUUGCAGAAAAGAGGAUGGACUUGCUCAAGUGUAACAUUUCAGACCAACAGGAUUGGAAUGCUCGUAUUUAUGCUCAGGACUGGGGUCGGGAACAGCAGCAAGGUUACAAAAAGUCCGACUUGGCAAGCCAAUGCAUCCACAGAUAUAAAAUCUACAUAGAAGGAUCUGCUUGGUCGGUCAGUGAGAAAUACAUAUUGGCCUGUGAUUCUGUAACUUUGCUAGUGACGCCACAAUAUUAUGAUUUCUUCACUAGAGGUUUGAUGCCUUUGCAACACUACUGGCCCAUAAGGGAGGAUAACAAGUGCAGAGCUAUAAAGCAUGCUGUUGACUGGGGAAAUAACAAAAUAGAAAAGGCGCAAGCCAUUGGCAAGGCAGCAAGUAAUUUUGUUCAAGACGAGCUGAAAAUGGACUUUGUCUAUGAUUACAUGUUUCAUCUCUUGCGUGAGUAUGCGAAGCUUCUAAAAUACAAGCCUAGCGUCCCUCCAAAAGCAAUUGAACUUUGUUCUGAAUCGAUGGCUUGCCCUGCUCAAGGUCAGGAGAAGAAGUUCAUGAUGGAUUCCACAGUUAGAGGUCCUAGCAGUGAAACUCCUUGCGUCAUGCCGCCUCCUUAUGACCCUGCAACUCUUCAUUCUAUUAUUGACAGAAAGCGAAACUCGAUAAAGCAAGUAGAGACAUGGGAACGACAUUACUGGGAUCAAAGAAGUGAGCAUGUUUAGGAGUAGAUUAUAUCUUCUUUUCAUCCUGUUCGUUUACAAAAAUGAGCAUGACACUGAAAAAGGUGUGUAUUUUCAGACUUAUAGCAAAAGAUGUGCAUCACAAAGGGAACCAGGUUUCUUUGUUCAUUCAGCUCUCCACAGAGAUGGAUCUUAAUUACGAUGGAACGCUAGAUAGCCAAUUCUUGAUCUCAUACAUAAAGUGCAGACAGAGAUAUGGAUGUCCUUAUUCUCUUUAUUCACAUAUUGCCUUUCAGAAACAAAAAAGAUAGAAAUGUGUGAGCCUGCAAGAUCUUGGAUCCUUCCUGUCGGAUAGUUGCUGGACAAAUUGAGGGUUGAGACAGAUCAAAAGAUCCUUGUGCAAGUGCAAACUAUAACAUUCUCGGUCCGCUCCAAGUCCUACCUGCAACAUGCUCACAACUUGGCUUUGGAAAUCAAUGGCAGCAGCACAUUCACUUACAGAUUCUUCCAUGCUGACCUUGCCAACUGAGAUUUCCAACAAUGGAGGUACAUCCUCUCAGGUGAUUGCGUCCAAGAUCCAGCAGCUGAAGCUGAAAGAGCAGGCGAUGUUCUGGAGGAAUAGUUACUUGGAACAUAUUUUAUUAUUUUUAUGUAGUCGUGGCAAUAUUCUGGAGGAAUAGUUACUCGGAACAUACAUUAUUAUUUUUGUGUAGUCGUAGUCCCGUCGAGGUCUCAGAAUUUCAAGUCUGCAGUAUCUCUUUUGGUA